CCCACUUCCUGACAAACAAGCUGUGCCGCGGCGUCGCUGGUCACAGCCGUACGGGACUCUAACCAGCAGAAUGCCGAGCCAGCUGGAAGGUGCGAUGGACGCCCUGAUCACCGUGUUCUACAACUACUCCGGGAACGACGGAGACAAUCUAAAGCUCAACAAGGGCGAGUUGAAGGAGCUCCUCAACAGCGAGCUCACCGACUUCCUCACGUCCCAGAAGGACCCGAUGCUGGUGGAGAAAAUCAUGAACGACCUGGACUCCAACAAAGACAACGAGGUGGACUUCAACGAGUUCGUCGUGCUGGUGGCCGCGCUGACUGUCGCCUGCAACGACUUCUUCCAGGAGCAGAAGAAGAAAAGCAAGUAGAUGAAACCAGCUGAGGACCAAUCGUUGGAAAAAAAAUGCCGCCCACAUUAAAAAGAAACAUCCCAUCAAUG